GGUGGGGCUGGUGGUGAUGCCGCCCGCCAUGCUGAACGCGCUGUACGGGCGCUGGGUGCUGGCGCGCGGCCUCUGCCUGCUCUGGACCGCCUUCGACGUGAUGUGCUGCAGCGCUUCCAUCCUCAACCUCUGCCUCAUCAGCCUGGACCGCUACCUGCUCAUCCUGUCGCCGCUGCGCUACAAGCUGCGCAUGACCGCCCCGCGCGCCCUGGCGCUGGUCCUGGGCGCCUGGAGCCUGGCGGCGCUCGCCUCCUUCCUGCCCCUGCUGCUGGGCUGGCACGAGCUGGGCCGCGCGCGGCCGCCCGACCCGAGCCAGUGCCGCCUGCUGGCCAGCCUGCCCUUCGUGCUCGUGGCGUCGGGCCUCACCUUCUUCCUGCCCUCGGGUGCCAUCUGCUUCACCUACCGCAGGCUCUU